AUUAGAGAUUCCGCGGCGGGAUUAACGAGAGACCUACUCUUGAACUCUACCAACGGCUAUAGCGCUUCGGAAACGACGAAUGAGCUCGCGACGCUGCGAAGUGCUCACAAACUCUCUACCACACCAUCAUACGGAACAUCAUCCUCACCACAUUCGCCUCAGAUAUUGAAAAGCCGGCAACAUGACGGGAACGAAUUUCUGCGGAACUUGAAACGUCAAUCUAUCCUCAACCCGGCUUCAGAUACUGAAGAAGAACUUUCUGAUUUCUUGUUCCAUAAAUGCAACAUGGAAGUCGACAGUGCAUCGAAUUCUCGAUCAGGAUCAACCUUGGACCUUGAGUCGAUAGGUGGAGGUGAUAGCGAGAGCUGGCAUGGUCGCCAUCUUAGAAGAAACGACAGUUUUGAACCUGAAAUGUCUCGGUCGAAACAAAAGUCACCAGCACAGGUGUGGCAUACGAAUACACAGCUCCAACAGCACGAUGACUAUGGUGACGACUCGACACUAGGUUCUGUCAACUGGAAUGAUCAUCUUGAACAGUCCUCCUCCAAGACGAGUGAUGAUAACUACCAAAACCUGUUCUCAGCACGCCAAACUCAAGUGUUCGCUGUAGAAAGUGCUUUUGACACAGAAUCAGCACGACGAAAAGAAAGAGCACUCAGCAGACUAAACCUGAUCUUUUCACAGAUGCCUGCUGCAACCCUUCCGCAGAGUACUGCAGGACUGAGGCAGGCGGACACCUUCGAGUCAUCUUACAAUCAGCUUUGUGGAGGAGAGGACGCGCAGGAGUGGGCCGAGUUCGAGGCGUCUCUGUUCCGUAUGUACAGCGGUCAGACACAAACCGCUGAGCAGACACUCUUGCAAGGACAGCAACAGGAACAGAACUCGGCUAUGGUCACAGGGAGGCAAGCGCCAUUGAGAGCCAGUCUGGACCAAAGUCAUAUAUUGCAGCACUCGAAGCUAUCAAGGGAGGUCUUACCACAACAGAAACAAGCAGCAAUGAACAAGGAUGAAGAGAAAUCAACGGAUGAGGAAUCGACAGGCGAAUUCCAUUGUCCAUGGAUUGAUUGCCAUAGCAUGUGUACCGACUAUAUUCGAAGCACAAACGGUUCAGACUCUCUUCCAUGCGUACAUACCGGUUGCGAGCUCGAGUUCGCCACUGAAGAGGUAUGGCGCAAGCACGUUUCGAUUGCUCACCAUAAUCUGCUUCCUAAAGUCCAGCAAGCUGACGAAGCUGAUAUGGAAGCUGUUUGGGAGAAAAUACAACCC